AUGACCGGUAGUUUACACCAAAAUCUGUUAUCAGAGUUGAUCCUGAAGUGUCACUCCUUGGGUUCGUUCGAUCAGAUGGAGGUCAUUCAUGUGGCGGCCACUCCGGCCGAUCUGUACAACGCUGUUUUUGUGAACAUACCUCUGGCGCCCUUCUUCAUCGACUGCAUCGGUGAACAGGAUUUAAACGAAAUGAAUGUUGAGAUCAUUUGGCGACACUAUUCACAUUCAUUGUUUUUGACCACAACUACCGGCGAACAGAACCACGAGUGUUGUAUAAACGAUUGCGAGCGGGUCUUCGACGACAAGGAAUCGCUGGACAGACACAUGCGCGACGAUCACAACUACAGACCCGUGACCCGCGAGGACAUCCUUCUUAAGAAGGGGAUCCGUUGCGAUUGGCCCGACUGUGGUCUCGUGUGCCAAACGUCGCGUUCAUUGGAAAUGCAUCGCUACAGAGCGCACACCAAAACCAAGUCAUUGGUGUGCGGCGACUGCGGCUCCUGUUUUGGGACCAAACACUGUCUCACUGGCCACAAAAGAAGGUGCACUUCGUUAUUGAAGUACAGGCGAUACAAUGCGGCGCCGGCGACGGACGACACGGAUGAAGAGCUCUCGCCGUCACCCGUUAAGCGUCAGCGAACGGCCAUCGAUGAGAUAUUUUGGUGCCAAUACCCGAACUCUGGCCGCGAAUACAACACACAGUCGGAGCGUAAUCUCAAUGAGUUGGAAAAACUGUUCCGUAACAGCAGUGGCUGUUCGACUAAUGGUGCCAGCGGUGCCGCCGAUUUCCUGUACUUUCAUUCGCUAAAUGGCGUCCAAUUGUUGACCAAAAUGUUGUCCCAAAUAAUGAACGGCACCCGAAAGAGACUGACAUCGCUCACCGACCGGUCCAACGCUAAGUUGGCAGUACUUUACGAACUGGUCUGCGGUCAGCACUUGGAUGUGGCCGACUAUGUCCUGCAAUCCCAACACGUGAUCGACUUGUUGGACAUUCUGUGCCAUCGGAUCAAUUUAUUGGACACGACUCUCAUGAGUACUAGUGGUGAGGGAACCACAGCCUUGACAUGCGAUAUAAUGGUCGGAGCCCUGUGUCGACUCCUGUCCACCAUUUUUGACACACUUCACGGCCACUACUCGACUCUCAUCGAUAGUACUGAUGAUAGUCUGGCUUUCAAUCACAUCAUUCAAGACGUGAUCAGUUAUAUAGUAUCGGUCGGAAUGAUUGAUAAGCUGUCGCUAAUGAUGGCCAACACUCGGGGCCCCGUCGACGACAACCCGGAGCUGACCCAAUGCCUGCAAAGUGUUGUCUCUCUUUUCAGCUCACUCUCCAAACUGAUGGCACUUCGAGUGGAGGAGAGGUUCGGCGCCCGUCUCGCCGACGACGACACACAACUGAUGCUCACGUUUCAGAUGACACACAUCGGCGGUGUUGUGUCCCUCAUCUACGGAGUGAUCCUCCACUCGGGUGCGCCUCAACAGGCUGACGGCGAUUGA